CGCAGUCUUUGAUUGGUCGACUGGGAGCCGACGUCAAGAGCCCGUCCAACCCUGAGAGACGCGUCGCUCAUACAGUGAAGAUGUGCUCUGUACUGCGCGUCAGUGAGGCGCUCCAUAAGUUCUUCCACGGAAACAAGGUGCCGUAAUUGCGCAUAAUGAAAUGAAGGUGGAUCAGGAGCAACGAUAGAUAGCAGUGUGUACUCUCUGAGCCUUCACACAAGAGUCUCGAACAGUGAGAAGAACAACGGCCAUCAUGAUAGACCUGAGCCAUCUGAGCGAGGAGGAGCAGGAGAUGAUCAUGACUGUUUUAAAGAGGGAUGCUGAGCUGAAGAAAGCCGAAGAAGAACGAAUCAAUUUAAGGUUCCGCUCAUUUGAUUCCAGACAGCUGCAGAAAGCCGUCCCAGAGGAAGACAGACGCAAGUAUUUGUCAGGAGAAUGGUUCUAUGAGGUGAAGUCUCAGAGACACCAGGACAGGAUUCAUGGCUCUGAUAUCAUAAUGGCAUCAAUGAAGCAAAGAAAACCAUCAGUUGUUGAGUAUUUAACCAAGUCAUGGGGCGGCAGAUCCAGAAGCAUCAGCAGAAAGGAUAGUGAUGGCAACAUGACGUCACCUAAAAAAACACAAACUACUGAGUCCUCAGAGCAGCUAAAGGAGAGGGAAAAUGGUGACACAUUAGAGGUCCAGCAAGAAAACCUAAGCAUAGGCAUGAGAUCGCCAUCCAAGCCAAGACACAACCCAUUCAACAGUGUUCCAAUAGAGCUUGACUUUGAGGAGACUGAUAUCCACUUUACAUCAGGACCUGGACUCAGGAAAUCAAUAGACAGAGGCUCUGAUUCACAAGUAAAACAUCAGGAAGCAAGUAACAGUGAAGGUAAUAGUGAAGUCUCUAACACCACACAAAAUGGACCUCCUGGUCAAAAGCCUGUGCCAAAGAAGAGGACCAAAAUCAACAAACCCCAGAGCUCUAUCUCAGACAGCGCCAGCUCUGUGUCCAGCCAGAGUGUGUCCACCACAGCAGGCUCAAGUAUCAGGUCACCACCACCAAGAAGUAUCCCCAAACACAGCUCAAAUGAGCCCACUCUCAAGACACAACUGCGCCAACCAGUUGUAUCCCUAAGCUCUGUUUGCAAAAACAGCAGUCAAGAGAGGGAUCCUGAAGAAUCAAAACUUUCUCUGGGAAGUACAGAGGAAUCAAGUAGCAAAAUUGAAAACAAAGAGCCAUUUAGCUCCCCUUCACCACUGAAGUUGCCAAAGUCACGUUUACCAGUGAGAGCCUCAUCGCAACUGAUAAUCCCUCCUCGGGGCAUACAAGAGAAGCCAAAGAUACAACCACGUCUAAGUCUGAACUCUAUCACAAGAGCAGAUGAUGGCAAAAAAGUAGAAGAACUUCUAAAACAAAGAAGAGAAACAAAUAGUUGUCUUCCUCAGUCACCAAGUAUGGAAUUAGAGGGCCAAAACAUUUCUGGUGAAAUUCAUCAUCCUCGUGAGAAUGCAAUGUUUGCAUUGACUGACAACACUAAAAAGCCACUGGAUGAGAUCACCGCCCUUCAACCUACACAGCACAAAUCUGAGAAUGUGGAGAAUCAUAUGGCUCAGUUUCCAAAAUUGGAAGCGACAACAACUGAAGAAAACAUAAAGAAAACUGCUGUUGGUCAACAAUUUCCCAGAUCCCUCAACAUAACAGAUACAUUCAAUAAGACAGAUGCCUCUUCUGACUCUGAGACUAACUACAGCCCCCUUGUCUUCAACAUAAAACAAAAGACUAAUAACUCAAAACAAGAAAAUGCCAAACUGGAAGUUAUGACAGAUGAACACAUUCAGACACCUACUGAUGAACAAGGAGAUUCCAUUGCCAAAGUUCUUGAAUGGUUUAGCAGGAGCUCAGACAGCAGUGAUAGGCUUGAUAUAGAGAGCAAUGUCCAGGAGGACAUGGAGGAGGACACCAAGAUCGAUGACAUAGACUUUGAAGAUGAGGUUGAUCUGAGAUCCAAACCAAGGGAUAAUGUGUACUUGAUCAUACCACGCCAGAGUGAAGAGGUUCCAUCAGAAGUGAAUAUGACAUUUCUACAACAGACUGAUUGGGGAAAGGAACAGAGUGCCGAUGAGCCUACCCAGAACAUUCCAAAAGAUAGAAGAAGAUCUGAAUCUGCCUCUCAUAACGAACCUCUCAUUAGGAAGCCUUCAAAUGACUCUGCUCUUAUUGCAAACAGUGUCCCGCUAGAGAUCCCAGAGGUGAAUAUUUCUGUAGGUGGGAAAAUAAGUCAAAAUGAGAACAAAACAGAAGCUUUUAUCAAGAGAGAGGAAGUGACCAAAGUCAAACUGGAAAGCACUGACAUCAAGCAGACUCAGCAUCAGCCAAAAGAAAGACCAGAUGCUGAAGAGAACCAGCGACCAAAAAUAGCCAAUUUGAGAUCAUUCUGGGAGAAAGAAAACAUUGGUCCAAAGAUUUUGAUCAGCAAAUCUAGUGUACCUGGUAAAACCGAAAAAUGCAUCCCCAGUGAUGUUAGCAGAAAGCUGACUGAACAUGUAGAGGACCAACAGAGAAAUGAACAGAGCUUGAAAGUAACAUCUCCAAAACAUCAGAAAAAAGAGACAGUUGUUGAAGAUUUAGACCUUGAGCAUGUGGGGAGUGCAAACACCAUCUAUAAACCCCAAGUAACCAUUGUUACAGAUGAAUCAAAACCACCAUUGAUAUAUGCUAAUCAGAAGGUUGACCAAAUACUUGCAAGCUCUUCCUUAGACAAAGACGUUACUCUUCCACGUUUAAAAUCACCUUCACCAUCACUUGACAGUGGAUCCUUGCAAGCGGGUCAAAAUGAUGAUAGUAUGGGAGGCACCGUUAGCACAUACAGUAGUGAUGCAGAUCACUCCUCUCCAAAAGAAUUAGAGGCAAAAUCAAGAACUGCACCAAGAACAAAUCAAGUGCCUUUUGUUAAGCAGAAUUCCCAGCAAGAGAACAUGGCAGAGAGGAUCAAGCAACUCAAGUCCUUCUGGGAGAAAGAAUCUAAAACAUCAGCAGCAGCUCAAAUCAGAUCAACUACGACUACCCGACUGAACCAAAGAUUUACAAAGUCUGAGUUUGAUCUCAGAACAAUAGGUACAGAGUAUGAUGAUGAGGAUGAUGAUGAGGACAGUACUUCAGCCAGAGGUAGACAGUCUCCCAAUUUCUCUGUGCAACCUCUACGAAAGGAUAAGCCAGUUGUGAUGGAUGGUAUGAGCACUUUACAGUUUAAGAACCUUCGUGACUUCUGGGGAGGAUCACCUAAAAAAUCUGGACCAAGGUCACCAGUCCUUGAAAGUGGAAUUCAGAGAUCCUUAAGUCCACAAAGUCCAAAUGAGAGAGCUAAUGUCAAAGACUUUGUUAAUGAGAGCCAGAAUGGUAAAACAUCCUCACCAGCCAAAACUAGAGCAUUCCAGUCUCCCUCAAAGAAGAGGAUUAUGUCAAGACAAGAAUCUGAAUCAAAAAACAAUCAUAGGAUCUCAGGCGAAGCAAUAUCCCAUGAAGUGUCUCAAUCUCUUCAGGCACAGAAAAGCUCUCAGAUUGCUUCAAAAUCCACAAUGGUACCUAAACCUCAGGCUGGUCAAGAGUCACAUCCUCAACAGGGUAGAAGAAGCAGCAAAGGCAGUCUAAAUGGAAAAUCAAAUGCCAUGCGACGAGCCACCAGCAUGUUUUCAGUGAACACUGCAUUUGAGGAGCAAAGCCAAGACUUGCAUCUUCAGUCCAAGAAGAUUCAGGAUCCCAAUAUGCAACAGGUCAAGAAAACACCAGAAGCUAGCAUUACACAGUCCAGGAAAACACAAGAAGCUAGCUAUACCAUGCCAAAAACAUCCCCAGAAAUCUCUUGGAGAGACAGAGACAAAAACACUCAGAGAAGACCAUCACGUACCUCAGAGGAUUCCGACUCGCAACCUCUUGCUAGAUCUUUCAUUCCACGGGACUACCAACACUACCUUGGGAUUACAGAAGACAGAAGUAUGUACACUCCACCUCCAGUUACAGAGCAGGUUGAUGAUUUUAUCUGCACUUCAUUUACGUCAUCUCCAGAGACAAACCGUAGCUGUAAGUGCUCCCCAGUGAAAACCAGUACUCCAGUACAGGGUUCCCCCGACCUCCAAACCAGGAGAGGGAGCCUGGGACGCUACUCAACCACACAAACUGAUGGAAAUGCCACUAAGGGGAAUUCAAACUGUGAAAAUGAGAGUCCCAUUCAGAAAGCUUUGAGACGAGCUUCAUCUAGACCGGUGUACCAUAAGAGCAUGGAAGACAUCAGCAUUCUUCCUAGACAAGACCAAAAACUCAAACAAACGAGCGACUACAUGCAGGGGAACUAUGAUGUUGUCCAGACUUCCUUCGCGACCUCAGACCCAGAGCACCUGAAGCAACUCAGCAAAUCAGUGCCCUCAUUCCUACAAAAAGAAAGCGAUGAAGGAGAGAGUGAUUCAGAGAGCAGUUCCCGCAGCAGUGUACCACAGUGGAAUAACAGACAAUUUACUAACCUCAGCAACUACUCUGGCUCCACCUCUCUGUCAUCUGUUAGCGGCAGUGUUGCAAGUGUAUACAAUAGUGACUACAGCAGUGUUGACGUUCAAGGGAGCAUCCAGUUUUCACUAAACUAUGUGCAAAAGUUGCGGGAGUUCCAUAUCUUUGUUGUUCAGUGCCAGAAUCUGGCAGCAGUAGACACGAAGAGGAAUCGAUCUGACCCGUAUGUUAAGAGUUACCUCAUACCUGAUCCUGCCAAUUUGGGAAAAAGAAAAACCGCCGUGAAGAAGAAAACACUGAAUCCUACAUACAAUGAGAUUCUUAGGUACAGAGUCCGAAUGGAGUACCUGACGUCCCAGGUUCUCAACCUUUCAGCAUGGCACAAUGACACAUUUGGACGUAACAGCUUCCUGGGUGAAAUAGAGCUUGACCUUUCCUCAUGGGACUUUACUGAUACAGAGAUGAAGCUUUUUCCUCUUAAACCAAGGAAUCUCUUCUCACAGACCACAAACAUCCUCCAGCCAUCUGACUUAAGAGGACAGAUGAGACUGGCCAUACGUUUCCUGCCUCAGAUCUCCCACUCAAAGAACAUUCCUGGCUCUGGUGAAGUGCAUAUCUGGGUCAAAGACUGCAAGAAUCUCCCUCUUAUCAGAAGUCCAACUAUUGACCCAUAUGUAAAAUGCUUUGUACUCCCCGACACCAGCAAAAAGAGCCGUCAGAAGACUCGGGUGCUGAAGAGAACAACCAACCCCAUAUUUAAUCACACUAUGGUGUAUGAUGGCUUCAGGGCAGAGGACCUAAAAGAGGCUUGCGUGGAGCUUACUGUUUGGGACCGGGACCGUCUAGCCAAUCACUCGCUUGGAGGCCUGAGACUCGGCAUGGGCACAGGUAAGAGUUAUGGAGUACAGGUGGACUGGAUGGACUCUACAACAGAGGAGGUCGCUUUAUGGAGGAGAAUGAUGGAAUCUCCCAAUGAAUGGGUGGAAGGCUUGCUACCACUGAGGAUUGUAACAGCAGCCAAAAACACAUGGAAAUGAGAUUACAGUGACUUUUAUCAAAACACAUCUUUAAAGUUAGAUUUGUCCACAUACAAUAUCUUACAUUUGUUAUAAUUUAUAGUAGAAUAGAUUAGAUUUCUGUCACAUAAGGAAGACCCCAUUACACCUUGCAUUUACAUGAGUUUCUUAUCUAGAUAGUAUUGGGUUAUUAUUCUGCUGGAUUUCAUUCACUGUACACCUUCACUUCAAUGCGUGUCCAGUAUGACUGAACAGAGAUCCGAUUAAACGUACCCACACAAAAUGGAAAACGGCACAUACAUAUUACAUUUGGAGAUCAUUUGGUGGAUGUUGGGGUAAUUUUUGUUAUAUUAUCUAUUUUUGAAGAAGUUGCUGAAUUAUGUAGCUAAUGAGAAUACCUAAAAAGUUAUAUAUAUUUCUUAUAUAAUUAUAUAUAUUUCGAGACCUUGAAAAAGCCAAAAUUUAAAGCCAUAUUAAAACACCACCAAAAAAUUGUUUAACUAGGAAAGGAGGAAGAUGCAAAAUGUGUGAAUUGCAAUGUUGUGUCCCAUAAUUGGGACAGAAUGAAUUUGUUGCCAAGGAUGUGAAAAAUGAGCUGAGGGUGAAUGCUUUAUUUGUGAAAUACGCCUGUACUAACAUCGUAGAUAUACUGUACUACAAGCAAAAUAAUGCUGGAUACACCUGAUAAAAAUACCUUAGAAAAUAGCAGAAAUUUCAUGAAAAGUGAUUAAAUAAACAGAAAACUGUUUACAAUGCA